UUGUGCUCUACUCAACGCUCGACCCAGCCCAACGGUUCGCUACUUACUCUUCCGCCCGCAUGAGCAUCUGAACACAGAAGCCGAGUCACAGAACAGAGCGUCUUGGUCAAAUAUGACAAGGAUUGCCUCCUGAAUACAACUCGCGUACUCCAUGGCGCGCAAGGAUAGAAAACCGAAACAAUUCCUUGACUCCAAGGAUGAAGCGCUGAGGUUAGCUCAUUCAGUGGCUGCCACUCAGGAGGACAUCUCAAAGAAGAAGGUGGAACGGCACACACAACACGAGGGUACCAAGGCUACUCCUCCUCCACAAAAGAAAUCGAAGUCGAAGGAUAAGCUAAAACAAGUGAAAGCAGCCCUUGCGACAGAAGCUGCUAAUGCGAAACGAGAGAAGGCAAAAGCACGCAAACAAGCGAAAUCCACCGACAACGCCAGCGGCCAGCCUCGAGGCGAAGAAAUGCGUGCAGAGCCUUCAAUACGACCCCGGAAGCGAGUCAAGUUUGCGGACUGAGUUCUAUUAGCGGACAAUCUAGUCGCAAUUAACUCGUGUCUGUUGUUGCUUUAAGACGUCGA